GGGCGCCCCCUGGCGGUCGGCAGCGGAUCGCAGGGCCCGCCCCCAGCCGCCCGCCGCUGCUGCCCGCCUCAGCCCAACAUGGCGAUGCACAACAAGGCGGCGCCGCCGCAGAUCCCGGACACCCGGCGGGAGCUUGCCGAGCUCGUGAAGCGGAAGCAGGAGCUGGCGGAAACUCUGGCCAACUUGGAGAGACAGAUCUAUGCUUUUGAAGGAAGCUACCUGGAAGACACUCAGAUGUAUGGCAAUAUCAUUCGUGGCUGGGACCGCUAUCUAACCAACCAAAAAAACUCCAAUAGCAAAAAUGAUCGAAGGAACCGGAAGUUUAAGGAAGCCGAGCGGCUCUUCAGUAAAUCCUCGGUGACGUCGGCAGCUGCAGUGAGUGCGUUGGCAGGAGUUCAGGACCAGCUCAUUGAAAAGAGGGAGCCCGGCAGUGGGACGGAAAGUGAUACCUCUCCAGACUUCCACAAUCAGGAGAACGAGCCCAGCCAGGAGGACGCGGAGGACCUGGACGGAUCUGUGCAGGGGGUGAAGCCUCAGAAGGCUGCCUCCUCCACCUCCUCAGGGAGUCAUCACAGCAGCCAUAAAAAGCGGAAGAAUAAAAACCGACACAGCAACAUUGACACAGUGCGUUGGAAUCCUUUUGGAAAAGAGGGGAAACGGAAGCAGAACCUGUGUGUUGGUGUUUCACAAAUGCCACGGUACAUCUUGGGAAGCUGUCCAGUGGGUGCAAGUUUUUUGGUUGCUUGUGGUUUUCUGUUUUUGUAUUUCUUCGCAAUGUGCUGACUUCAGAUACUGGAAGAACCAUAGGAAGCCUGCAAAAUAGGAGACUGCUUUCCUAGAUAGCAUUGCUCCGUCGUGUGUUUUGCGGCGAGUCCAUAAGGAGCCAGGACAUCCGUGGACAGAAAGGUCAGGUGUCACCCAGGUGAUGGUAGUGCUCCCUGUGCCUGCAGUUUGUAUGAUAAUGUUGGGGCCUGGGAACUCAAAUGUUGAGAAUUAGGCAGCGUCACUCAGAGAGAGUAAUCCAUGGUUCACAGAGUAAGGCAUCUUGCCCUGGCCUCAGCCCACGUAUGCAUAGGCUGGUGCUGGUCCUACUCCCCUGUGUGCUGAGUAGCGAAGGGGGGCAUGCAAGGAAUGGGUGAGUCUCUGGCUUCCUUUGCAAGCCUGUAGGCUGUUUCUUUAUGUACCCAGGAUACUGAAACUGUUAGCCUCGGGAAUAUGGCAUGAUGGGAUCAUGUAGGAUUAACUCUUAUGGAGCCUCCUUGGCACCAGCUGAUUAAUUCUUUUGAGAGUUUUUGUUGUUGAUGGUAGUGGUGUUUCUGAACUACAGAAAUAGUAUUUCUUCUGAACAGUGAUGAUGGACUGUUACUUAACAUUUUUCUGCAAACCAGAAUUCACCAUACUAAUCUCAUAACUGUAGUAAGAAAUAGCAAAAAUUGCAUAUUUUUUUUUUGUAAAGCUUCAAUCUAUUUGGCCACUGUGAUAGAACUGGUGCUAGCUUAUCACAAAAAAACAGAGAACCAUGCUCUUUAAGAAAUACUUUCAAUUUUGUCAAGAUAGCCAAAUGUCAUACUCACGUUGUUUUUAUUAAACUUGCUCCAGUGUGAUCUGAAAGUAAUCAUUCUUUCCCUACUCCAGGGCGUCUAGAGUAGGGAGAAGAUUCCUUGAGAGUUUCUGGGACUCCUUUCCAUUGCUGGGCAGUGGACUCUAGAUAGCUGUCUGUUUCAGGUAACGCCUCAUUGUCGGUAGUGAGGGAUUAGCUGAUCGCUGACACAAGGACUGAACAGAGCAUUCAACAACUUGCGUUGGUGUCAGCACUUCUUCCACAUCCUUUCAGCUCUGCACCUUAGGAGGCAUCUGCUUCCAGAAAAAUACGAGGACUUAUGUCAGUCUCUGGUGUUAGUGAUUGCUUGCACACUGGAAAGGAUCCUGGCUUUUAUUGCUGUCCCUCCGUCUUUUCUCUGAUUCAGCGUCUAGCUGGUCUUCUCCUCUGCCCCAAGGGAGAAGGGAACUGAUGACUUCUGUCUAGGGAAGCCAGGUUCGGUGGCCCGUGGGGCAGGGACUUUGGUGGCCAGUUCAGGUUCUUGGAUUCCUGCCAUCUUUAGUCAGGAGCUCUGGCUGGGGUGGGACAGACACCAUCUACAGCACUGGAAAGUUUGCAGCCAGCACAGGCUUUCCCUGCCCACAUGCCACGUCGGGUAGACCGUCGGCAGUCCGUUACUCCAGCAGGUGUUUGAAGGCUCACCGCGUGCCAGGCACUGUUCAUUUACUCAAGGCAAAGUACAGAUAGCAAUGGUAUUUAGACAAAAAGAAGUUGCUUUUGAAUUUGCCCUCUUCAUGAAUGUGAAAAUUUAUCAGAUAAUUUUUAGCAUAAAUGAUCACAGUGUCCUGAUGUUUUCAUGAUGUCUGAACAAUAAGUCCCAGUGCCACUAAUGAAAAAGAUGAAAUGACAACUCACAGCUGCUCUUCCAGGUUUUUACUACAAUACCAAACCCUAGAAUUCUCCCAGGGAGUCUGUCAAUGCUGGUUAGCCAGGUCUAGUGCAUUUCAGUCUGUGAGCUAAGCGGAGUCAGGCUGAAAGCGGAGUGUGGAUAAUCCCUCCUGUACAUUUACCGUGUCCCCUGCUGAAGAUCCAUGCCAAUGGGAAGCUUUCUUCCAGCGUCACUCUUGUAAACGUUGGGAGGAAAGUGUGGCCAUCUGUAUAUGUGGUUUUACCCCCGCCUGCAGUCUGAAAGGCAUGGGAGCCAGCAAGGGAGCCGGGUCCAGCUCCAGGGUCGCGCGUGUUUUUCAGACCAACCUCUGUGAGUGGUGAUGUCACAAAGUGGCCGUCUGUUCCACUCCCAUGUAGGCCCCUGAGUCUUGGAUACUUACGGAUGCCAAUUUUCCUUUGUUUUAAUAGGGGCUUGGCGAACUUCCUUGUCCUUUAUGUAGCCCUGAUGCGUGUGGGUCCCUGUCAUCACCUGCCUGGGGGCAGUCGUACUGCUGUUCUGUUUGUGGACCUGCCCCCAAGUGUGCUUGUUCGCCUGUGGGCUGCUAGCAUGCAGGCUGUGGGGAAGGGGUACCGUGUCCCUGGACCACCUUUAGAAUUUGUCACUUGAGUCAAAAGUGGCCAUAUGUUUUCCUGCUUUAAUGUUUGGACUGUUUUUGUCAUCUUUUAUUGUAGUGAAGGUGUAUUGCCCUGAGCUGUUGGCACUGUCUUAAAUGCCUUUCGCUAUGUGACCAAGCCUUCCUUUCUGUUUCUUCUAAUGUCCUAAUGAUAUUUUUCAAUUUAAUUCAAUACGUUAAAAGUUCUAACUCUGAAUCUGGCAGCUGAUAAAAGGGCUCCAGGUUUCUGUAGCUUUCUAAUGAAAUAACGUUUCUUUUCAUAGUCUGUUCUUCUGAUAUGAAUUCCGUUGAGGGAAGGGAGUCUCCUGACCACAAAUCUUUGGUGCUUUGAUAUUUGAACCUUUAUUGCCUAAGAUUCCUAAAGCUGAUUUUGUUUCUACAAAUCUUGCUAAGGUGGCUAAUCGACUAAUUGAUUCAAUUAGUGUAUUAAUCUCUACUGCUUUCUUCCUUUCCAAUGCUG